AUCUUGUUCCGGGUCGGAUCCAUACAUACAUAUCUUUUUUUUUCUAUUCUUUUUUAACACCCUCUCAAGUCACGAGUCUCGGAUUCCUUUUGUGCUCUUUGUGUAGCUCCGGUCAUCUCAUCUCAACGCUCUGUCGACGAUCGUCUUCGUCGCAACAAGGCGACUCCUCCUUCUUACACUUAUCUCCUCUUUCGUCUUCAAUCGAUCCAGACGAUGAAAAAGAACAUCAACACAAGCGUACAUUUUGACUAUGGAGGACACUAUUCAGAAGAGUAUGAGUGGACUUCAGGAAAUUCAUUAUAUGCUAUAUUGUUUCAGACCUCAUCUUUGGAGGAGAUAACUUAUUCGGUCUUAGUAGAUAAGAUAUGGAAGAAGAUCAAGAUAGAUAGAGCUACAUGGAAGCUGAAAUUGAGUUACAGUCUAUCUAAAUCUCGGAGAGAGACAUAUAUUGUAGAUGACGAGGACGUAUGUGUAUUUCUAACGUCAUUGGAUACCGAGGGGCUUAUACCAGUUUUACGAGUGGAGUUAUUAAAGGAUACAGAAAAUAAUCAGCGGGUCGAGCAAUUUUCAAGAGAGGAGCGAAGAAGUUCAGUUGGUGUGAAUUAUGGGGAGGUGGAUUCCAAUGGAAUAGUUUAUGAUGUAGAUACUGCAGGAAUGUUUUCUGUUCUUAGAGAGGGAGAAACAUCACAACAACAGAAAGAGUCGAUUAAUGUACAACCGAUUAUUGAAGAGGCAAUGGAAAAUGCUGAAAAUGCUGGUAAGAGAGAUUGUGAGAAUAUGGAUGAUGAUGAGGAAGAUGCUAGUCAUGAAUAUGUUGAGCUUCCAGGUUAUGUAAAAGAACGUCAAUAUUUGAAAGAAUGGGAAGAUGGUACGGGUCUUGAGAAAGAUCAAGAGUUCUGUUCAAAGGAUGCAGUGUGGGAUUUGGUUCACAAAGCUGCAAAUUUGAACUGCUUUGGUGUGAAAACAGUUAAGUCUGACCCAACGCGACUUAUGGUAGAAUGCAGCCAAGCUUCAAAAGGUUGUAAGUGGUAUUUACGAGUUACGAAAAUGCAGAAAUCAGAUUUUUGGACUGUCAGAGUACAUAGAAAGAUGCAUACAUGCUCUCGAGCUGUUCAUAUUACUAGCAAUAGUAAACAGAGAGGCACAUCACGGUUAGUAGCAUCUGUUUUGCAUGAAGUCUAUCCAGGUCAAUCUGAUACACCGAGUCCUAAAAACAUCAUGAAUAUUGUGCAAGGAAGACUUGGUUUGCUUUGCUCCUACUCUUCCGCCUUGCGAGGGAAAAAACAACAUGUUAAAGAUGUGCAAGAGUCUAUGCUAACUAAGAAGAUGAAGGGAGAUGGGGCUAGUGAACUUAUGAAAAAUAUGAAUACGACUGGCGAUGGAGAAUUAUCGAAGUCGGCGAAGGAAACCAAUUGAGGAUAAUCGAAGUCAACAGAGGAGACCAGUCGCCGAGGAAGAGAGGAGAAGAAACGAAGUCAACGGCGUCACCGUUUCAGUUUAUUCUCUUCAAUUUUUGUAAUUUGAUUUUACAAUAAUUUAGGCUAAAAUAGGAGAUCAUUAGGUCGGAAUAGGAAGUGUGAGACUGAGAAAUGAAGAUGGUUCUACUGUUUUGCUUAGCUAGCGUUCUGGGAGAAUCUAGUCAUUUAGUCAAUUCAUAACAAUCAUAGUGUGAUUAGAUCGUUCAGAUCCUUUGCCGUUUCUUGUUGAUCCAAGCUUCAAGAAGCACAUCAACACCAAUACCACCAAGUAUAAAACUUCCAUCAUAAGCAA